AUGCCCUCGCUGGGAUAUCUACCCCUUCUCCUCAUCACGACCUUCCUCACCCCUCCAACUCUCGCUCAGCAUCCCAACCUCCCUACCAAAAACCCCAUCGCCCGCCCCGGCGCAACAAACACAUACCCCCUCCUUUCCCACCCGUCCAACACCCUAACAGUCCACUGGGGCACCAACCCCAUAAACAGCUACGCGCUCUACGCAUACACCGCGUUCGACUUCCAAUCCCAUCUCGGCGGAUUAGGGCCGUACAACGCGUCCGACCCGAGGUGGACGGACUACUGCUCGCCUAUAGAUAUAAGUAAUGGCGACGCUGUGUCUGGGGCGGGCUGCGUCCAGUUGCAUAUCGUGCCUGCUCGGGAGAACACGGAUCAGAUGAUUGAUGUGGGAUUGUUGGCGGAUGUGGUGACGACGAUACGGAUGUUGGCGCUGGAUCGGCCGGUCGUUUGGACGUUGGAGGCGGAGUUUACGUUUGGGCCUGCCGGGGCGGGGGAGAAGGCGGUCGGGGUAGGGUUUGUGGCGAAUAGAUCGUCGAUGGUGGGGAGUGGGGAGGGGUUGGGGGUUCGAGCUGCGCCGAUUGCGGUGCCGAGGAUGGCGAGGGCGUUCGUUGGGUAG